AUUAUAGUAUGGCCUUUAGAAUAAUAAAACAGCUAAAUUAAACACAAAGUAAAUUUCCGACUGUGUAAACUCAGACUCCGUAGUGAUUAUACAUGUGUGGUUAACAUUCACAUAUCAAAUUUCACGUCAUUAAAGAGAUAAUUUCAGUAUCAUUCCUGUAUAGGCGUAUCAUUAUAGACUUCCGGAUGAUCAGAGUUUAUUCGGUCAAAUCAGAGAAGAAAAAGCGCWAAAAAUAAGAUGAGGAAAUUAUACCCAUAUCUGGUGCAAACCUUCAAAAUAAAGGUCCCCUAACCAAUCUUGCAAAGAAACACCAUAUUCAGAAUCUAAUUAAUGCAGUGAAAAACGUCCAUUUAGGUGGAAACUGUUUUCAGUCCAGCAAUAUUUAUACAAACUCAAUUAUUAUAAAACACAAUAACAUAAACAACAGGCUAAUAAAAGCAACAUUUGAAUCAACCUCAUAUGGAUGUCGACAAUUAUUUUGAAAAGUGAUAAGGGUAUGAUUUUUUUCGAGUCCCACAUGCGGUUGUUCGUCACAACUACGCUUAUCUGAGGUCAGAGAGGAUCUUGAUAGGACGGGGGCGAAAGAACCGUGCAACUAUAUAAUCAACCAGCAUCGAAUGAGGAAGUCAGUGUAUUGAAAAAGAUAUACAAAGAUGGUGAAGAUUACUUUCCAGUCGGUCUCGGCGCAGAAAGCAGAGAAGGAGCUCGAUGGAGACAAAGCCGAGAUUCUCAUGCCCUAUGAACACGAGCUUGUUCUUCCUCUGAGGCCCAAGAAGUCUCAUCUGAAUGGACUGCUUUGUCCCACCUUUGGCCUGGUGGUGUUCAUGUCAGGACUGGUGCUGGCCUCCAUAUAUGUCUAUCGCUAUUACUUCAUACCACAGAUUCCCGAGGACAGUCUGUUCCACUGCAGGGUUCUGUAUGAGGACUCGGUGCACGCCCCCAUGCACGGCAGACAGGAGCUGGAGGAGAACGUGGGCAUCUACCUGGACGACAACUAUGAGCAGAUCAGCGUGCCCGUACCCCAUUUCGGAGGGAGCGACCCUGCAGACAUCAUCCACGACUUCCACAGGGGUCUGACUGCGUACCAUGACAUUGCCCUGGACAAGUGUUACGUGAUUGAGCUCAACACCACCCUGGUCAUGCCACCACGGAACCUGUGGGAGCUGCUGGUCAAUGUCAAGAGGGGAACGUAUCUGCCCCAGACCUACAUCAUCCAGGAGGAGAUGGUGGUGACGGGGAGGGUGAGGAACAUGAGACAGCUGGGACCCUUCAUCCACCGGCUCUGUUAUGGCAAAGACACCUACCGCCUCAAACGCCGACGCGAUGCACGCCGACGCAUCGACAAGCGCGAGGCGAGGAACUGCCACAGCAUCCGUCACUUUGAGAAUACCUUUGUUGUCGAGACGGUGAUCUGUGACAGGGUCUAACUUUUCUGAGKGAGAAGAUGGCAAGAUGGCCUCCCUACACCACCAAGCCAACUCUUAAACCAUACCUCGCACCUCCCUUAGGCGUUAUAUUGCACUUUAAAAAGAUUGUGUUUGUCCAAAUAGUUAUUGGUUUUAAUGUUUACUUUUAUUCCUUUUUUUGUCCCAAGUUGAAGGGUUGUUUACUGCUCUGGUGUUGGUUUUAUUUGUUUUUCUAUUCCAAUGGUCUGUAUAUUUUGAUAAUGCCGGUAAUGCAAGGAAUCCUUAGCUUUUUUGUUCCUUGGGUUUUAAUGUCAUCUUGCACAGAUGUUUUUUGGGGGAUUUGAUAUGUCUUCAUUUGACGUCGACGCCAGCAUAAUCAGAUGAGUUGUCUCGGGUUUUUACUUCAAUCGAUUCAGAUUGAGUUGGCAUGUUUAUCCGUUGUCCAGAAAUGCCCGAAACAUACCUCGUAUAUUAGAAUGUUUUUUCGCCUGUUAUGUAAAUCAUGAAUUCUGUAUAUGUAUUUUGCAUCAUUCCUAUAAGCAAUAUAUACUGUAUAUGCAUAGAUUUUUAUCUAAACUUGUUUUGUGAUUGACUGAUCAUUUCUCUAUGGUUUGUCCCUCUUUGUGGUAUCUUCCACUCAUUGACUCUGUCUGGCUCUCACAUGGCUUAGACUGAAGUAGCAGUGCUUUCAAUGGGCCAACGGAACCAAAUAUAUAGUCAUUAACGCUAUGUUGAGUCGUGAGGGUGUUACUUAGGCAUAUUUGGGGAUGGAUCUAGCUUUAUAAAUUACCUACAGUGGGACCGGUUUUAGAUUUCAACUCUUUCUUUCUGCGUGUCUUUGGCUACUUCCUGAUUCUGUGUGCAAGUGAACACUUCCGGAGAAGGGUGGAGAAUUGGGACGUGGUCGUCCUCUUCCUUCUGUCUAGUGGGAUCAGCCUCUUGUCUGCAGUUGAAUCCUUGUAGCCAGGUUCCAUACCUGCUAUCCUGAUCUACUAUCUCUUCAUUGCUUGCCUGUCUUGCUCUCUUAACCUUUUUUUUUUACUAUACUGUAUGAUAUGAAGGAAUUCUGUUGCUGUUUUAAAUGGACCUACUGUAUGAUGUAUAUUUUCAUGAUCUGUCCCCUUCUCUUCUGACUCGCCAUGCUGUACUGUCAUUUGACUUGUAAUAGCUUAUCCUACUACAGUACCUAAUGAAUAAACAAUUCAACUACA